GCGCUGGCUGGAGCGCUCCAUGCAGGCGGGCUACUGCCGGCCGCUGCUGCAGGCGCUGCUGGGGCUGGCGGUGAGCUGCCUGGAGGUGCCGGGUGGGGGGUACUGCCAGGCGGCGGCGGCAGCGGCGGUACGGCACCUGUGUGAGGAGUGCGGGAGCUACAUGGGGGGUUGCCUGCAGGACCUGCUAGGGCUGUACCAGAAGGUGCUGGGCAUGGGGGCGGCCGCACGCGCCCCGCCCGCCGCCAACGGAGCCCCCGCCGCCAGCAACCCGCAGUCGCUGCUGCUGGAGGAGGACGUGGAGUCCAUCAUCGCCGCCGUGUGUCAGGCCGUCUCGCAGGCCGCCCCGCCCGAGCAGCGGCAGCAGGCGGGGCAGGCGCUGCUGCUGCCGGUGCUGCAGCAGCUGCAGGGGGCACUGCAGGGGGGGCCGGGGGGUGCAGCAGCCCCGCAGUUGAACUCGCUGGUGGACCGGCUGGCGGAGGUGUUUGGGCGCACCGCGGAUGCGGAUGUGGUGGCACACAUGCUGAUGUCCAGCUGGCCCGUGCUGGAUGCGCUGCUUUCCAGCUGCUCCGGCUGCCCCAAGACAGUGGAGCACACGCUGCGCACGCUGCGGUACGGCAUCAAGGGCGCGGGGCGGGCGGCGGCGCAGCUGCUGCCCACCCUGCUGGAGGUGCUGCCGGCGCGCUUCACCACCACCCGGCACUCGGCGUUCCUCUUCAUCGUGUCGGAGCUGGUCAAGUUCUUCGGCGACCAGCCGGCGCACGACUCCGCCCUGGGCCUCAUACUCAGCGGCCUGGUCACGGAGGCGGGAAGGCCCCUGACCAGCCUGGCCGCCCUCAGCUCCUCCCCCGACCUGGUAGACGACCUCUUCCUGCUGGGGCUCCGCGCGCUGGGGUACGCACCGCGACUGCUGCUCACACCCACCGGGGCGGCACCCGGGGCGGGGGCGGCAGGGGAGGCGCGCGCGCUGGGCACACUGCUGGAUGUGGCCAUGGUCGGCUGCGUCAUGCAGCACCGCGAGGCCAACGGCUCCGUGCUGUGCUUCCUGUGCCGCCUCACGCAGCCCGCCACCCUCAG